GCAUGACCUUUGAACUGCAGUUCAGUCGUUGCGUUCUAAUUGACUGACUGACUGACUGACUGACUGACUGACAGCGGGAACGUGAUGAGAGCUGACAAGGAGAGGAGAAGGGCGAUUAGUCGCGAGGCAGCCAGGCGGAGGCGGCGAGUGGAGUCGGACGUGUUUGGCGAUUUGUGCCGCCUGCUGCCGUUGCGAGCGUCCAUCAGAGAUCACCUGGAUAAACCGUCCAUCAUCCGUCUGGCGCUUUGCUACAUUCGACUCAAAACGCUGCUACAAGACGACUUGUACGUGUCACCGUUUUUGGAUUUGAAGGGCACGACGGAGGCUGCAGAGGAGACUGGCAUCUACCUAACCAUCCUGGAGGGAUUUGUGAUGGUGCUGUCCCUCGAGGGGGACAUGAUGUUCCUGUCCGACAACGUCGGUUGCUACCUGGGACUCACACAGACUGAACUGAUGGGACACAACAUUUUUGAGUUUACUCACCCGUAUGACCACAAAGAAAUCAAAAGUAAUCUCCGCCUAUCUGCAGAGGAGUUUUGGAGCGACGCAAAGCGUGACUUUGUGGUGAGGAUUAAAAGCACCCUAAGCCUCCGAGGACGGAGCACCAACAUCAAGUCGGCCACGUGGAAGGUGUUGCAGUGCCAGGGCCGAGCGAUGGCUUGCGCCGGCCCCUUCCCGGCCUCCUGCCUUCUGCUCACCUGUCGUCCUCUGCCCGUGUCUCACACGCUCCUCUGCGCUCGCACCUUCAGCAGCCAGCACAGCAUGGACAUGAGGUUCACACAGUGCGACCACAGCGUGUUGUCAAUUUUAGGGUACCCGUCUCACGAGCUGGUGGGCCGCUCCAUAUAUGAGCUUUGUCACACGCUGGACACAAUCCGUUUGACCAAAUAUCACGUCGACUUGUGCUCAAAGAGUCAGUCAGUCAGCGGCCGCUACAGGAUUCUAGUGAAGGGCGGCGGGUAUGUGUGGGUGGAGAGCCACAGCGCCGUGGUACCGAGGGUCCGGGCGUCCAAGUCUAGAACCGGAGCCCCGCAGCAUCUUAUGGUCCUCUGCGUCACCUACGUGCUAAGCGACGUGGAGGAGCCGUUCCUGCAGCUCUCUGUGGACCAAUGAUCACAGCAGCCGAAGAACUGAUCCAGCCUUUCAAAUGGUCUUUCUCGGUUUGCAAUCAUUACAAUUUUCAUGCAUGCGUUUCAAACCUGACAUUUUGUAGGCAUGUCUGUCUGACACUUGAGACUGAUUGUUGAUGCUUUUGAUUGUGGUCGUCGAUUAUCUGGCCGCAGUGAGCGAGGGUGACGAAAGCGACCCGUUUGACUCCUUCUUGACCUCUCCCUUUACUUCCUUUGGGGUUUCCUUCUGGGUCACUUGACACGUGGCGUGACAGCAAAGGCGUCUGACAUUGGCUAUGCACACACACGCGUGUAUAAUGUGCAACGUGUGUCGAUGGGGAGAUGUGAGCAGACGCGAGGCGAAACCGCAACUUCCUGAAUGAAGACGCGCGGUAGGAGAGUUCUCGUGGGAACUGAUUCAACUUUUUACCUCUGGGCCCUCUCACGUGAAGACAUACACACACACAGUUUCAGUUCAACUGACUUUCGAGAAGACAUUCUCAGAAUAAAGUGCAGAUGAAUUGUAGUCAUUUUUUAAUUAAAAUAUUUUCUUGGACUAACUAACACUUAACCUUAUGCAAGUUUUUUUAAUUUUAUUUGGGAGUAGAGUAUCUGUAGAAAAGCCAUGCAAGCAGCCUGGACUCGAACCCAAAAUAUCUGACUUGCGAGACAAACAUGCUAAGCACCCUUAUUCAAAAGUAUUCAAAUAAAUAUUACUUCUACAUUUUGUUUCUGCAUCAAGUGGCUGUGACUUGUGGCUUUGCAUGCAGAGCCUCACACUAAUGAAACAGUGUAGUAUGGAAAACACUGGCGCCCUCUAGUGGACAUUUGUUGUCAGUAAAAGGUAAAAUGUAUUGUAAAGCGAUGCCUCCUACUAUAUUGAGACAAGUCAUUUAUUUUAUAUUAGCGCCACCGAGAAAAGUGGAUCCACCGGUCAGUUGUGUAUCUUCAGCCAUCUAAUAGAAUAACUUAUUUUUUCUGACCAGUUGCUAGGCAACAUGUUGACUUUUUACCAUUUAAUGAUCCCUUUAAAAGGGGUUGCCAUGGAGAUGCAAUGCUUUUGUAGUCAUAAUAAAAAGGAAGGCGCAUAAUAUAUAUUAUUUGAAUAUAUUACAAUCUUGUAACAAUGAUAUUUUCCAUGCAGUGUUGCAGUAAUAUACAAUAUUUAGUUUGGAAAAAUAUAUUUUGGCCAUUGAAAAAUAAUAAAACUAAUCCAAAUAUUA